AUGGAUCAAUUAAAGGACUGGACAGAUGAUGCAUUGUCUUGCUUGAAAGAAGCAGAGGGUAUCUGUGGGUCUGCAAACAGUGAAUUGGUCAAGAUAAAUCAAGUGCUGAGCAAGAGAGAUAACCUCCUACUGAAGUUGACCUUCUUAUUUGAUGCUAGUAGACAGCAAAUACGCUUAUUGGCAAUUUUGAAGGAUUCAUUGGUUAAGAUAGUCAAGAACUACAAAACUAAAAACCAUUCCUGGAGGACCAAAAUCACCCGUGAUUGUGAACUAUUAAGGAGUGUGCUAGACACCUUGCAUAAGAUCGAACUGGAACCAAGUUUCAGAUCAACCCAGGGCAAUAAGGCGCUGAGCUUGUAUCAUUUUGUAAGCGAUGACAAGAUAGAUGAAUUAUUCAAUGGUGUUGAUGAUAUAUUGAGAGAGAGUACCGAUCUCUAUGGCAGAGACGAGAUUGACAAUAAUCUAGCUGACAUAUCGAGGGAGAUUGAAGGGUACGGAAAGGAGCUGGAAGUUAGGUAUGCCGAAUUUAUUUUAAAUGAAGUCCCAGAUACGCCAUCAAAGGGAAACAAGAAGAAUUCUGCCAACCACGAUAAUAUAAUCACUAAGUUAAUAACCAGCAAUAAUGAAUUGGAGACGGACAUGGCAUCGCUUCUGGAAAGUUUGACAAACCAUUUUGAUCAAUGUAAGAAAGGUCAAGAUCUAUUAUCAAAGCCACAUUCUGAAGACCAAAAGAGGGAAUUGCUUCAAGUACUGGAGAACGAUUCAUUGGAGCUUCCGUAUGUUAUAAACAUACUAAACCAGGACUACCAAUCAUUGAAGACUAAUUGUUCGCAUUUACAGAGCAUUACAAACAAAUUCAGCAUUUUUUAUAACAACUUUACUGCUCAGUUCAUGGUACGUCUUAAACUUUUUGGAGAAGUAAAGCUCCAGCAAGGUUUAAAUAUCAUUACUAAAAAGGCCCAAAGGGUCGAAAUCUUGUUAGAGAAAGCUUUUGAAUAUGAACAAAGUGUGGUCGGUCUGAUUGACUAUUACACAAACUUUGUUUCGUCAUAUCGAAGUUUGAUCCUGGAGAUUGAGCGUCGUCGAAAAAUCAAUGAUCAAGUAGAAGCGGCAGUCUCAAGAUUUCGUAAAGAAUUGCAAUCGAUAGAAGAGAAGGAAAGAACUAAUAGAGAGGAUUUUUUAAUACAGCAUGCUGAUUACUUACCACAAGAUAUCAUUAGCCCUAAUCUUUUGGAUGGAUCACAAGGAAUUUUGUUCAAAAUGUUGCCUACGGUUGGCGUUGAGUUCAACCGGGAGCCUUUGCCAAAGAUCUCGCGUCGUGGGCUAGAGGAAGCACGCAUUGCAAUACUGGGAAGGAAGUAA